CAACAUGGUGUCUUUUUUCCAUUUUGAUCGCAUGACCAUAGUUCAUCCAGAUUCUGGCGACUGGAAUAGUUACUUCCAGAGAUUCAUGGAAGGAAAGAUGUCGUUUGGAUCCUGGUAUGACCAUGUGAACGGCUGGUGGGAGAAGAAACAAAUGUAUUCAAAAAUUCACUACAUGUUCUAUGAAGAUCUGAUUGAGGACACUGGACGAGAGCUAGACCAACUCUGUUCCUUUCUUGGUUUGUCUCCUUCACUCGAGGAGAAGGAAAGAGUCGCAAUUGGAUCCAAGUUUGACAAUAUGAAACAAAACAACAUGACUAAUUAUUCCACAGUGCAUACGAUGAAUCAAAAGGUGUCUCCUUUCAUGAGAAAAGGAAUAGUUGGUGACUGGAAGACCCAUUUCACUGUGUCCCAGAAUGAAGAGUUUGACAAAGACUACAAGCAGAAAAUGACAAAUCCCACACUGAAGUUUCGCACUGAAGUUUAGAGGCCCAGUCUGGCUGUGCAAAAC